GUGUAGUCUCAAGUUUAGUGCAAAGUGGAAGUGGCCGGCCGGUAUCUGUCAGCUGACAGAAAACCGAAUAAACAAAAGAAAGAAUUUAAAUUCGGAACAAAUUGAAAUUGUGUUGGUUUUUAUAUUAUAAACGAAUAACCUAAAAUAUUUUUGUUGCUAAAGGUUAAUAAUUCCGCGUAAAUAAAACAUAACCUAAAAUGAUGCUGUUGGGGGAUAAGUUUCCUAACUUUACGGCGAACUCUACUGAAGGAGAACUUGACUUUCACCAGUGGCUCGGGGAUUCGUGGGGCAUACUAUUCUCUCACCCGUCAGACUUCACACCUGUGUGCACCACGGAGCUAGCCAGGGUUAUCGCUCUUCACCCUGAGUUUGCCAAGCGCAAUGUCAAAGUUAUUGGACUGUCCUGCGACUCUAUCGCCUCGCAUGUUGAGUGGUGCAAAGACAUCAAGUGCUAUGCCGGACUAAAUGACGAAGAAAAGUUCCCAUAUCCAAUAAUUGAGGAUCAUGAUAGGAGUAUUGCUAUGAAGCUCGGCAUGGUGGAUAAGGAUGAGCUGGAUACUGCUGGGAUGCCACUGACAGCCCGUUGCGUGUUCAUCGUUGACCCCAACAAGAAGUUUAGACUGUCAUUCCUGUACCCUGCUACCACUGGCAGAAACUUCGAUGAAAUCCUGCGCGUCGUGGAUUCGCUGCAACUGACUGACAAAGCUAAGGUCGCGACUCCAGUUGAUUGGAAGGUGGGAGACGACUGCAUGGUGCUACCGACGGUGCCAGAGGACCAGCUCAACAACGUGUUCCCUCAGGGAGUGACCAUCGUUCCUCUGCCCUCCGGCAAGAAUUACCUCCGUAAGACUGCCUGCCCCAUAGUCCAGUAGCCAUAAAAUAUGUACCUACUAGUGAUGUAACGAUUAUUCGCAAUUUUCUGGAUAUUCGACACAAUUGUUACUCAAAAUCACUAAAAAUAUUUUGUUUUGGACAAGACUACGUCCCUAUCUGUAAUAAUUUUAGUAACUAUUUACAAGAUAAAAAUUUGGGUGCUCAUUUGUUGAAAAUUUCCUCUGUUCUCACAUAUUCCUAACAACAGUAAUAACGUAGGGAAACUUAGAGGGUUGCGCACAAACGUAAAAAAAACACAUAAUUUAAGUUCAAAAAAUAUUAUUUUUCUACUAAAAAGUGGACACAGUAUUUUUUUUACAGUGUAUUUUUGCAACCUAUUAACAUAACCUAAACUCACGAUUAUAUUCCCGAUUAAAGUAGUCAGAGGAAUAUUGAUCGCAUGAUGAACUAAAAAAAGUAUCCAUGCCUCAUAAGACUUGUAUAUAAUAAAUAAAUCUUACAUCUAAAUAAAUAAAUACCAACUUUAGGUGGUGAUCCGUAUCGUCGUCUAUAAGGGUCGAGCCGACUGUGUAAGUAAAAAUUGCACAUAAAAUCUUAUUGCUACCGACCGGGGAUCGAACCGGUGCUGCCCGGUGAAACCUAUUAACCAGGAUUUUGUUUAUGAUGACUGGAAUAUUUGUAAAUUAUUUAUUACAGUCGCGGUAACUUAACUGUCACAAUUGAGUCAUAGACAAAAGUUUUAAAAUGUAAUCUGCACAUUCGCAGCCCCGAAUAUCAGCGGCAAAUAUUCGUAUUCUCCUUCGUAAAUGUUGGGAAAUGGGUAUUCGUUACAUCACUAGUACCUGCCUUAAUUUUCUCGAAUGUUAUUGUUGGCAAAUGUCUAAAUAAUAGUGAAAUGUAAUCAGCACGUGAAUGUAAUUCACGCAUUCCUUGUUAUUUUUUUAAUAAAUAAAGCAAAAGUUUUUAA